AUGACACUGGACGACGAUUCCUCAGCCUCGGGCGUGCGCCAGCGCAAGCCACACGGCGGCACCUCCAGUGACAGGCCAUCAUCCCCCGAGGCCUUGGCGGAGGAGGCCGAAACGUUUCAACAUGCCGCUCGCUCGCUCGGCCGGACACAAAGUUGGCACGCGCGGGCGGCCGACCACGUGGCCAGGAAGCGCAUCUACUCCAUCAUGGCCGGCGUCAUUAUUGGUGUCGCGGCCGUUAUCAAUUUUCAGAGAUUUUACCUGGAGAAGCCUCUGAUCAGCGAAGACUCAUUGCUCAUGGUCCGGGAGAUGUUUGACAACUUUAACUGGUCCGUGAACGUUAAGGAAGAGCUCAUGGCUGCCUUCGAUAACCGGCCACCUCUUAUGGGUGCAGCCGAGAUUCGGCCCGGUGUCCAGUUGUUCCAAGAGAACGUGACGGCCAACUCGCCUGUUGUAUUGGUGCCCGGCUUCACAUCUACGGGCCUCGAGAUCUGGAACGGUAGCGAAUGCAGCAAGGCCUAUUUCAGACAACGUAUGUGGGGCACAUCCAGGAUGUUGCAGCAGUUUAUGAUGAACCAAAAGUGCUGGUUAGAGCACAUGAUGCUCAACCGGUCGUCAGGUAUGGACCCGGACGGCAUCAAGUUACGCGCGGCCAAAGGCUUAGAAGCGGCCGACUAUUUGAUCGGCGGCUUCUGGGUCUGGGGAAAGAUGGUGGAGAACUUGGCCGAGAUCGGAUACGACAGCAACAAUCUGUACAUGGCCGCGUACGACUGGAGGCUCAUGCCGCAUCUUUUGGAGAAGCGCGACGGGUAUUUUACGAAACUCAAAUACACUAUCGAGAUGGCGCGAAUGUCGGCCGGCGGCCACAAGGUGAUGCUGGUCACGCACUCGUAUGCUACGCAAGUGUUUUUCCACUUUUUGAAGUGGGUAGAGAGUGAGAACGGAGGCAAAGGUGGCGACCAGUGGGUGGAGACCAACCUUGAGUCCUUCGUUAAUAUUGCCGGCCCGACCUUGGGCGUGGUCAAGACGAUCAGUGCGUUGAUGUCGGGCGAGAUGAAGGAUACGGCCGAGCUGGGCGGGCUGUCCAAGUUCCUCGGCUACUUUUUCAGUGUGUCGGCGCGUACGCAACUGGCCCGCUCGUGGUCGAGUGUGUUCUCGAUGAUGCCUAUCGGUGGUGACCGUAUCUGGGGCACGGCCGACUCGGCCCCCGACGAUGUGGUAGCGGCCUCCCCGUUAUCGACCGGAAAGAACUCGACGAUCGACCCAAGGAAGGUCAAAGAGCACGUGGCACGCUACGGAUCGAAUGGCCACGUCGUUCGGUUCGUCAAUACUUCACACGAGAACGUCACUAUCGGAGGCGUACAGAAGAUGCUGGGCAAAUUAGACCCGUACCUUGACCAGUUCCGUUCGUGGCUGAGUACCGGUAUUGCCGAAGAUCUGUCCUUGCCUGAAUACGAUCAAUCCAAGUACUGGACGAACCCGUUGGAGGCUGCUCUACCCAAAGCUCCGAGCCUCAAUGUGUUCUGCUUUUACGGUGUCGGCAAACCUGUUGAGCGAGGAUACACGUACGGAGACAACCCGCCCGAUGAAGAUAACGCGACAGUGAACGGCAAACGUGUUGCUCCGUACGUGUUCAACACGGAUACCGACGAUCUUCCGUACAUCAAGGGUGGGCUCAGAUACUCGGACGGAGACGGCACGGUGCCGCUGAUCUCUCUGGGCCUCAUGUGUGCCAGUGGCUGGCGGACGAAGAAGUUCAACCCCGGCAACGUCGACGUACGUGUUCGUGAAUACCGACACAACCCCGUGUCCAUGCUGUUCGACGCGCGUGGCGGACCUGAGACGGCCGAUCACGUCGACAUCAUGGGCAACCACGGUCUCAUCCGGGACGUUCUACUCGUCGCCGCUAGGGCGUACGACCGCGUGCCUGAAAACAUUACGUCCAGCAUCAUGGAGAUUGCCGAACGUGUCGGAGAGCUCUAAUACCGUCAUUUUAAUCGUCUUUUGCUCAAGUAUAAGCAUGUUAGA